AUGACUUCUGUGCAAAAUAACGUCAAGGUAGAAUCGCCAGUUGAAGAUUUGCCGAUGGGUGAUACCCAAGAAGCAGGAAAUAGAGUAAACGAACAGAGCGAAAGCCCCUCUUCCCAGGCAGAUGACAAUUCAUCUGGACAGACCAGUGGUACUCCACCUGGACAGAACGAUGGUACUCCACCUGGACAGAACGAUGGUACUCCAUCUGGACAGACCAGUGGUACUCCACCUGGACAGAACGGCGGUACUUUUUUUGGACUCAACGGCGAUGAUUCAUCUGGACAGAAUGGCGGUACUUCAUCUGGACAGAACGGCAAUAAUUCAUUUGGACAGAACGGCGGUACUUCAUCUGAUGAAAACCAUUUUAUUCUAGACGGGCCCACCAAACGUGGUGUAAAGAUACCUGGAGAUACGGAUGCAGCUCGUGAAUAUAGGAGUUUUAGCCCAGGCGUAGCUGAGCCCAACUCUAAGAAACAAAAGUCGAACAACAACGACAUGACCAAUUUCUUUGGUACAUCAACCAAACCUACGAACGGCCUGUUCGGGUUUAAGUCCCAGUCAGGAGGAGCAAAUUCUUUUUCCUCUGCUCCCCAGGGGCAACAGACAACACAGUCUCCCCAGGGACAGCAGACAACACAGUCUCCCAUGGUGCAGCAGACAACACAGUCUCCCCAGGGGCAGCAGACACCACAGUCUUCUCCCCCUCCUCCUGAUGAAGACGAUGAAUACAACGAAAUUAUGGGCGAUCUAGCGGGUAACCGAAAACCCCCAGCAAACAUGCAAACGAUAGCGCUUGUGCGGGGAGGGAGACGCCCCAAGUACAUAAAUAUGUAUACAGUUGGUGACAGAUGCAUCUUUCGCAUUGAAGGUAUGAAAAGCGACAAUUUCGAUGCGGCACAAGCACCUCACCUAUCAGAGGAGAAGUACCAAGCUAGCCAAAACCCUGAAAGUUGGCAAGAUCUGGAAACCGUCCUUGGCGUGGCAGCACCUGGUAAAGAGAUGAACCAUAGUGAUUUCUUGUCCAGACUCGAUCCAGAAAAUCCGGACAAAUUCAAAUGGCGCCAACCUAUAUUCAUCAUAGGAAGACGGGUUAACGGAGAAAUCACGUUUGUGAACCGUGGAUGGUGGCGCGCCAAUUAUGACCCGAAGGAUCCAUCCGAUCGUGAAACGUACCAGGCACGGCGACCAGAGGGAUACUACUAUUACUAUAAAACGAAAGAUGAUCCUGUUCGCAGGAACCGAGAAAAUAAAAAUGCCUUCCAGGAUUAUAGACUUUUCAAGAUGGCUUUCUGGUAUGAGAGAAAGUAUUACCAGGCCCUGCAUCCUGGACAGACGUUUGUUGUCGAGGAUCGCAAGAAGUCGCCAUCGCCAGUUGACGACGAUGUGGCUAGAUUUAGAGAAGUGACGAUCCCACCAGAUGAAUACCAGUCUUCGAAGGUCGUCCAGUCUAUGGAGAGUCCUCUAGCAGACUCUGAUGUACAAAUUGGUACUCCUCCACAAAGUAGAUCCCAGACAAAACACACAUCAGCGAGACAGCCCAGCAUACGUCAUACCACUUCGAACCCAAAUGGUUCACCGCGACCUCGGAGUAGUGGAAUGUUCAAUGGAAUGAGACAGCCUCGGUUCACACCUCGCCCAACAGCAAUGGCCUCCUGA